AUGGUGAUACGUCAAGUCGAGUUCGAUACUAUUCCGCAUCACCGAAGAUGCCUAGGAAACUGCAAGCAGUUCCUCCCCUACCUUCUCCUUCACAAUUCACUUAUACACAUCAUAAUGGCAACACUAUACUUGCAAAAACACAAGGAACAUCGAUGUCACCAACGCCGCUGGACAAUGAAAAGGUACGAUAUGGUCACGGUCGGUGUUUGUACGGGUCCACUACCUCCAGCAAAGCCUUGCAACGAGUGCACACCAUUACGAAAAGAGUUGCAAGAACUCCUGAAAAGGCUGGCUGUAGCAGAAGCCAAACCUGAGGUGCUCUCUAUUCGGCACACUGACGGACAAAGUGGAGACUAUGGAGGCCUCAAUCGGCGAAGCAAC